GAAAUAAAAAGAAGCCCUCAUUGUCGACGAUUAAAAGACUAUGAUUGCCGACGUCUGGGAGAAGUUAUUGGUUUAACAUCAAAAGAAAUUGAUAAUUUAGAAAAUGAAUCUGGAGUUUAUCAAAUAGCUUUGGGAGAAGAAGAAAAAUUUCGAGCUUACGGAAUUGUAAAAAACCACGAGACGCUCCUGGAUUUUCUGCUUCUUGACCCUAAUCACUUAUUUAGUCGGAGCAAGGGAAGCCAAUAUCCUCACGGAAUGGGAGCAACUUGUUUGUGGAGAAAAGAAAAUUGCUCUAACCUUAAUUCCGAACCGCAAGAUAAAAAUUUAAGUAAA